AUGGGGGAGGAGGGGACGGAGGGCACCGUCCAUCUGCUGUGCCUCGCGGCCUCCAGCGGAGUCCCUCUGUUCUGCAGGAGCAGCCGCGGCGGUGCUCCCGCCCGCCAGCAGCUCCCGUUCUCUGUCAUCGGCUCCCUCAAUGGAGUCCACAUGUUUGGGCAGAAUCUCGAGGUGCAGCUGAGCUCUGCGAGGACCGAGGACACCACCGUGGUGUGGAAAAGCUUCCAUGACAGCAUCACCCUCAUCGUUCUGUCAUCUGAGGAGGGCACCUCAGAGCUGAGACUAGAGAGACUGCUCCAGAUGGUGUUUGGGGCCAUGGUUCUUCUUGUGGGACUCGAAGAACUGACCAACAUCAGCAAUGUAGAAAGACUGAAGAAGGAGUUGAGGGCCUGUUACCGCCUCAUUGACAGCUUCCUGGGGGACUCGGAGCUCAUUGGGGACCUGACCCAGUGUGUGGACUGUGUGGUUCCUCCAGAGGGAGCCCUCUUUCAGGAAGCCCUCUCCGGGAUCGCGGAGGCUGCGGGCACGGCCUUCGCCAGCCUCCUGGUGUCGGGCCGGGUGGUGACAGCCACAGAGAGCUGGUGGCGGCUGGGGACGCCGGAGGCCGUGCUCCUGCCCUGGCUGGUGGGAUCCCUGCCGCCGCAGGCCGCGCGGGACUACCCGGUGUACCUGCCGCACGGGAGCCCCAUGGUCCCGCACCGCCUCCUGACCCUGACGCUGCUGCCGGGCCUGGAGCUGUGCCUGCUCUGCGGGCCGCGCCCUCCCCUCAGCCAGCUGGACCCACAGCUCCUGGACCGCUGGUGGCAGCCCACGCUGGACCCCCUGCGGGCCUGCCUGCCGCUGGGACCCCGCGCUCUGCCGGCUGACUUCCCCCUGCACGCCGACAUCCUCGGGCUGCUGCUCCUCCAUUUGGAGCUGAAGCGCUGCCUCUUCACCGUGGAGCCUGCAGCGGAGAAAGAUCCUUCCCCUGCGCAGCGGCGGUGCCUCCUCCGUUCCUUCUACGCCCUCGUCACCGCCACGCACUUCCCACCAGAGCCCGGGCAGCAGGAAGAGAAGGCGGAGGACACGGCCCAGCAGGCUCACGUGCCGAGAGCCUGCUACCUGGUGUCGGGGACCGAGGAGCCGGGCACGGGAUGGCGCCUGGUGGCCCUCCAGGUGGGGCCGCGGCGGCUGCUGCUGCUGCUAUCCGCUCAGAGCCCCUGCCACGGGCUGCGGGGCCUGGCCGCCCGCACUCUGCAGGCCCUCACCCCCCUCCUCUGA